GUUUUCUUUGUUUACUUCGUUUUGUGUUAGUUUUUAAUUUGUGUACGUGUACGUUGCAUCGUACGUCUUGUGUAUGUGCACAAAUUAACUACAUAGUGGUUUACCGCUAAAUUGGUGACCCCGACAGUGAACACGUAAGUCGUUAUUGCAUUUCUUACAAAAUGGAGGACGCGCAAGACGCGCGUAUACCAUCGGCGCAUGACAACGAAAUCGCCGAAUUAAGGCAAAUGAUUGCGUUAUUGUCGAAACAAAUCGACAUACAAUGCUCUGCCCCCGACUCCACCUGCCGACAUCGACAAUAUAGCCGGGGACACGAAACAUCACAGCACCGACGUCAGCAGCAUCGCGCUAAAAUACAGAAGCGCCAAUCACAACCUGCUCCAGCACCAGCUGAGCCAGCAAUCUGCUGGUACCACGCCAAAUACCAGGACAAGGCCGUGAAGUGCGCCCAGCCGUGCACCUACAAGCCCGCCAACAUCACGACGAUGGCAACUGACAGUUGCCCCCCUACCGGUCGCCUUUUUGUGACCGACCGCCACAGCAACACCCGCUUCCUGGUGGACACCGGAAGCGACGUCUGCGUGUACCCACGUGCAGCGCUUCGUGAACGUCGAAACAAAACAAACUUUGUGCUAAGUGCGGCUAACGAUAGUGUUAUCGAAACAUACGGUUUUAUUGAUUUGUGCCUAGAUCUAGAUUUAAGGCGUAAUUAUACCUGGCGUUUUACAGUAGCUGAUGUAACCAAACCGAUUAUUGGUGUAGACUUUCUUAGCCAUUAUAAUUUAAUUGUUGACUGUAAAAAUCACCGCCUUAUUGACAAUACUACUACUUUGUCAUGUAUCGCAUCUCAUGCUAAUUUUAAUGUUUCAUCUAUAAAGGUUGUAACAGGCGACACUUGUUUUCACAAAAUUUUACAAAAAUUUCCAGAAAUCACUCGCCCUUCUGGCACACACUUUACACCGAAACACAACACAGUACACCACAUCAGGACCACUCCAGGACCUCCUACAUCGUGUACUCCCCGUAGGCUAGCUCCUGAAAAGCUGAAGAUCGCCAAAGAACAUUUUCAGGUCAUGAUGAGCAACGGUACGGCACGUCCAUCACAGAGCUCCUGGUCAUCACCUCUUCACCUCGCGCCUAAGAAAGACAGCACCUGGCGCCCCUGUGGUGACUACCGUAAACUCAACUCCCGGACGAUCCCUGACCGUUAUCCCGUCCGCCACAUCCAUGAC